AUGAGCAAACAAACGGUCAACCUUGAUACCUACAAUCUGUCGCUGCUCACGGCCAAAGAGGACAUCCUCAACCCUCGUUCCUCAACAAACUGGGCAUUAUUUACAUAUGAAGGGGUCUCCAACAAGCUGAAACUGGCUGACUCUGGAGCGGGUGGUGUGGUUGAGCUGGCAGGGAAGUUUCACAUCUCUAAACCUCAGUAUGGACUCUGCAAAGUGACAAGUGCAGAGGGAGGAGCCCCUGGGAUUGCUAUGAUCGUCUGGGUUGGUGAAAAGGUGGAUGACCAUCGAAGGACAGAAUGCGCCAGCCACCUUCCAGCUGUCAAACAUUUCUUCAAGGAAGUGCAUGCUUUUAUUACUGCAGAGAAGGUAGAGGAUGUGACAGAGGAACAGUUAAAAGCUGAGUUCAGCAAAGUCCAAGCUCAUGCUCCGUCACAGUGGGUGAGAAGGAGCUCUCGGUCCGCAAACAAGGAGGAGGUUGUGGGUACAAACUAUAGAAAAACUAAUGCUGCAAUGGAGAUGAGACUUAUAAACAGAGACUCCUUCUGGGCACGUGCAGAGCGUGAAGAAGAGGAGAGGAAAGAGGAAGAAAAGAGGAGAGCGACAGAGGAGAAGCGACGUCUUGAAAGAGAAAGAAUUUUGAAGGAGCGAAGAGAUGCAGAAGAGAGAGACAGAAAAAUGAAUGAGAAACUACAGAUGAUUGAAGAGCAGAGAAGAAAACAGGCAGAACAAGAGGAAGAGCUGCGCAAAAAGGAAAAAUUCAGAUGGGAGCAGCAGCAAAGGGAGCAUGAGGAGGACAUGAGGGCUCGUCUUCGAAGGAGCGAGUCUAUAGAGAAAGCAGCAGAGGCAGCGGCAUUGGUGUCCCAACGCUCCAUGAACCCUCGAGAGUUCUUCAGGCAGCUGUCUUCAUCUUCAUCAAUAAGUCCCACCAGUCCUGGAUCCUCCCGCUCCGGCAAGCCUUUCAGGCGAUACCAGCGGAGCCUGACGGAUACAGCUUUCAUCUUCUCUAAAGCGGAAGAAAGUGCAUCUUCGUCCCCACGCAAUUCUCCCUUGGUGUCCCCCUUUUCACGAGCUCCUCCCUCACCCAUUUACCGCACCAUGUCACCGAGCCCUGAUUUCUGCGCUGUCAACUCUCCGCAAAUGCCCAGACUCCCCGUGUCACCGCCCACAUCGCCUCUUCGACCAGCCCCCCCAGUUUCAGCGUUGCCCAGCGUUCCACAGUCCAACGACCAAUUUCAGGCUGUUGCUCAGCCCAAAUCUGCAUCGCCCACAGAGCCCUCCGCGCCUCCGGCCUCUCCGAGCCUCUUGGCUUCUUUGUCUCCCUGUUUAAUAAACAGCAACCCUGAUCAGCUGAAGUCAGAGGCAACGUUACUCCCAAACGUCCCAACUCAGAAAGAGGGCUCAACCUUGGUUUUGGAAUCAACACAGGUUCCUACAGCUCCUCUACCUGAGAGUCCACGGCCCAAUACAGAUCUCCACACGGCAGAUUAUGAGGAAACUGAGCUGGUCUCGGUCACUGGCCAAAAAGUACAGGCUGUACUGGUGGAGGAGGAUGAAGAAGAGGAUGGAAAGGAACACAAGGAAGAUAAAACUGAAAUUCAACUGGAGAUAAAUGCGGUCACUAUCGAACCAGCACAGGCUGAGGCAGAGGAGGUAGAGGAGGAGGAGGAAAGAAAGGAGGGAGUGAGGAAUGAUGAGAAGGAGGACCAUGAGAAGGUGAACGAAGAGGAGGAGGAAGAGGAAGAGGAAGAAGAGGAGGAGGUGGAGGGAUCACAUCAGGAAAUUGAGCCUGUAUCUUUUGAGGAACCAGCAGAGAUAGCACAGGAAGAGGACGAAGAUGAAGAUGCAGAGGAGAAUAACCAAUCAGGAGACACUCAACCCUUUUUUGAGCAUGCUGAGUUUUCAGAGAAAGUGGAGAAAUCAGCGAUCACAGAUGCCGAAGCAGUUCACCAACAAAUCAAAGAGGAAACAGUUGUGGUGUCAUCUAAUGGAAUCCCAAAUGGAGAUGCCACAGAGGACAUAAAUGGCACAGCGAGAUCUUUCAGUCCAUCUGACACAGAGGGCAGCACACCUGAGUUCACUGUGUGCUACAGUCUGCUUGCUACCACAGAAGAAGAAGACAUAAUUGAGGACAGGGAGCAGGAUAUCUUAGAAAAUGGACAAGAGGAUUCAGCUGUGCAACAUAUGUGCGUCCGAGCGCUGUAUGACUACCAAGCAGAGGAUGAAUCUGAGAUCUCCUUUGAACCAGGUGACAUCAUCAGGGAUGUGGAAACGGUGGACAAAGCCUGGUGGAGGGGGUGGAGCAAAGAUGGCCGUCAAGGCUUAUUCCCUGCCAAUUAUGUUGAGACCAUAUAG